AUGUACCCUUCCUUUCAAGCCAUCUGCUCUACCCUCAGUUACCAUUCUUCCCUAUGCACCCUUUCUUUCCAGCCAUCCUCUCUACCCUCAGUUAACCAUUCUUCUCCAUGUACCCUUCCUUUCAAGCCAUCCUUACUCCCCUCAGUUAACCAUUCUUCUCCAUGUACCCUUCCUUUCAAGCCAUCUGCUCUACCCUCAAUUAACCAUUCUUCUCCAUGUGCCCUUCCUUUCAAGCCAUCCAUACUACCCCCCAAUAACCAUUCUUCUCCAUGCAUCCUUGCUUUCCAGUCAUCCUCUCUACCUUUAAUUAACAAUUCUUAUUUAUGCAUCCUUCCCUUCAAGCCAUACUCUCUACCCUCAGUCAACCAUUUUCUCUUUGCACCCUUCCUUUCAAGCCAACCUCACUACCCUCCCAUAACCAUAAUUAACCAUUAUUCUAUACGCAACCUCCUUUUCAAGCCAUCCUCUCUAACCUCAAUUAACCAUUCUUCUCCAUGCAUCCUUCAUUUCGACCCAUCCUCCCUACCCUCCAUUAAACUUUCUUCUCCCCCCACCACUCUUCCCAUCCAACCAUCCUCUCCACCUUUCUUUUCAACCCCCCUCCCUUCGAUUUAUUUUUACUCCCAUCCGUCCUUUCAUACGUGUUUGUUCAGACUGGUUUAGACCUCAACUUGGAGAUCCAGAUUUUAGAAAACUACCAAUAACCAUAUCAUUAGCCUUUUUGAAGCCAUGUUCUAGUAUUGCGCUUCCUUGUGUUACGCUAUUAAUUUUACACCAAGGCAGGCCUUGACAUACGAAACGUGUCAAUUAUUGCUUUUUCAUGAUUGAACCUGAUCCGACUUGUUUUUAUGAUUCGUUAAGGUAUAUACAUUAAAGAAGGCUUAUUAUACUCUUUAGUGCCAGUAGCUCAGUAGGAAAAGUAUAUUCCCUUGCUGGAAAAUGCCUUGUGUCCAAUUAUCAGUGCCAGUAGUUACUAGUUUCACCACCAGGUGGCUAAGUCGGAACAGAUUACAUGGCGUUAAAUUGAAUAUUAACAGGUUUAGUCAGGCAACUGGAAGAUGUUGUUGCUUCCAAAGCAGCGCAGCAAACUCUUAAGUAAUCUGAUUCUGACUGCUUCUGGCUAGACUGUUCCAUUCAACCUGUUUUGAUUUCAAUGAUCAUACCCUUAAUUUCAAACCGUUUUUUAUUUUAUUAUCAAAAUGCACUUUUAGAAGACUAAUUAUUAUGAGUGGCAAAUAAGGUGUCACUACGGUAAAUCAUUGAAAAAUAUUGAAAAAUCACAAAAUUCUGGGGUACAAAGUUCUGGGGUACAUAUCGCCAUUUUCGAACGAAUUAGCCCAUACAAUGGCCAAACUGCCCUAAUUCACGUCACCAUACUAGUCAAUGGGCAAACGGGCAAAACCGGCCUGACUUUUUAUCUCGAGUUAUGGAUUUAUGUGGCCUCACUGGCCUAUCUGAGGUUCUAAAGCUAUGUCUAAGCUACAUUUUGACACAAAACUCAAUAGGGGCCAAACAUCUACUUUUUGAAAUAAUU